CGAAAUAAAAAACAUUUAGUUUUCAUUCCAGUAUAUAAUUUAAAGGAAGCAUAUCGGAUAUCAGCGUGAUCAAACUUCGCACAAGGUUGAUCAAAUCUGUUGAAGAAGCCCCGCAAGCAGCGACCAAUCAUCACGCUUUUAUUUGACUGAUUCGUGUUUCAAGAAUAUAAGAUAAAAUCGAAACCGGCCCCCUGUAGUUACAGGGAAAAUCGUUCGAGAUCAAAUCGAAACCAAACCCCUUUGAAGUUAAUUGAAAACGAAAAAUCGUUCGUGUUGCCAAAGUUGGAAGAGUCCUGAUAACAUCAGUCGUGAUGGAAGGUACGAAGCCUGGUUGGCGUACGGCGGUGGACCCCCCAUCGUCUGACCGGACCUCGUCGUCUACUCUGGAGUCUCCCAAGUACAAGAUGGAGCAGCGGGAGCAGUGGUCCAAGAAGAUCGACUUUCUGCUGGCCUGCAUUGGCUUCUCCGUCGGCCUGGGCAACGUCUGGAGAUUUCCCUUCCUGUGUUACAGGAAUGGCGGUGGUGCUUUCCUAAUCCCUUACUUUGUGGCGGUGGUCCUGGGAGGCGUCCCCAUGUUCUUCCUGGAAGUGUCGCUCGGCCAGUUCAUGAGCGAGGGUGGCAUCGGACCCUGGAAGAUUGCCCCCCUCUUUCAAGGAAUUGGCUACGCCACUGCGAUGAUCGUGUUCCUGCUGAACUGCGAGUACAACGUGAUCCUGUCCUGGGCCUUCUAUUACAUCUUCUCCUCCUUCACCUCUGUACUGCCUUGGUCCCACUGUGAUAACUCGUGGAACACGCCCAACUGCACCACGUUCGAAAAGAACAUGUCAGAAAUCGCCUCCACCACCACCACCACCGCCAGUCCUAGUGACGCAGCGACGACGCGGGAAACCACCGACCUGGCCAGCCCCAGCCUGCUGGGCAACUUGACCAGUGGUGACGUCAUGAUGUCCGUCAUCAGUGCCGGCAUGAACGCGACGAGCGGCGUCAACGCCUCUGGCCUCGAGACCUCGGUCGUCCUGCCGGAUUCAGUGACAGAGUUUUGGGAGGUCAUGUACGUCACAGCGCCCAGUCCCUAUGUGUUCAUGUUCAUCCUGCUCAUCCGCGGACUGACGCUUGAGGGUGCCUCUCUAGGACUCGAGUACUACCUCAACCCGGACUGGAGCAGGCUCUGGGACGCCCAGCAUAUUUUCUUCUUCUUCUUCAGAGACAGCAUCAUAUUUGCCACUGUGAACAGUCUGACGAGUAUUUUGGCUGGGUUUGUGAUCUUCUCCGUUCUUGGAUUCAUGGCACACAGGCAGAACUUGUCCGUCAAAGAUGUCGCUGAGUCUGGUCCUGGUCUGGCUUUCAUCGCUUACCCCGAGGCUGUAUCACAGAUGCCCCUUGCUCCUGCCUGGUCCAUCGUCUUCUUCAUCAUGAUCAUUCUCCUUGGUCUCGACAGCCAGUUUGUCGGUGUUGAGGGCUUUAUCACUGCCUGUGUGGAUUUGCACCCAGAGUUUCUACGACGUAAAUACCGCAAGGAGAUCUUCACUGCCAUUAUAUGCGUAAUUUGCUUCCUCAUAGGUUUAUCUAUGGUGACUGAGGGUGGCAUGUAUGUGUUCCAGCUGUUUGACUACUACUCUGCCAGCAGAAUCGUUCUACUUGUCGCUGCCAUUGAAUGCUUUGUUGUAGGAUAUAUUUAUGGAAUAGACCGGUUUAUUGACAACCUGGUGACGAUGUUCGGCUUCCAAGGACCAAGAUUUACCCGAGUGUUCAGGGCUGUCACGAAAACUUUCUGGAUGUUUCUGACUCCUGUUUUUACGCUGGCUAUUUUCAUCCUGGGCUGCAUCAGUUAUUCUGAACUGUCAUAUAAGAGAAAAUCGGGGACCUACCAGUAUCCUGAUUGGGCCAUUGCUGUGGGAUGGAUGUUGGCUGGAAUCAGUAUUAUUUUCAUCCCAAUCAUCAUGAUCCAGAGAGUUUUGGUCACUCCCGGAACUUUAAUAGAACGUCUGCAAUAUCUGACCAAGCCACACUUGAAACGACAUCAGUUGAGGCCCAAUGAGGAUAUGUCGCGUGUUGUCCUUGUUGAGGAUGAGUUCUUUGACAUCCUCGAUCAAAAAAUGGAAGAGGAGAAGUUCAUGCCUGAACACUGUGCUCCUUCAUUUACCUUGGAAACUUUAAGUGGAAAGGACUUGGAAGCAAAUGCAGGUACCUACCCCGACACCAAAGACGGAGCUGCCAACAGAUUGAUAAACAACUACAAUGUUUAGUAGUGCUCCACAAUACCAUCGUUUGAGUCAAGCUACAUACUUGGAAACCCUGGGUUACACAGCCAGCUCG